GUGUAAUCGAAAAGAUGGUUGAUCCCAUAUUUGAUUAUCAAUUUAGGCUGAUUCUUAUUGGUGACAGUACAGUGGGAAAAAGUUCACUAUUGAAAUAUUUCACAGAGGGGAAGUUUGCAGAGCUUUCAGACCCUACAGUGGGAGUAGAUUUCUUUGCGAGGAUUAUAGAAGUACAAGAUGGUACCAGAAUUAAACUACAACUGUGGGAUACAGCAGGACAAGAGAGAUUUAGAUCUAUUACAAAAUCUUAUUAUAGAAACUCUGUAGGUGCGUUGUUGGUAUACGAUGUAUGUAAUAGAUCUAGUUUUGAGCACAUACCACUUUGGAUGAUGGAAGCUAAAAGACACAUAGAACCUCACAGACCAGUGUUUGCUCUGGUCGGAUGUAAAAUCGAUUUAGUCGGUACUGAUAACAAGAAUGGUGCAAGAAGAGAAGUUUCAUGUGAAGAAGCAAGAAUGUUUGCUGAAGAAAAUGGCCUCCAUCAUGUUGAAACUUCAGCAAAAACUGGUCUCAAUGUUGAAGAAGCAUUUGUACUUGUUGCUCAAGAAGUCUAUAAUCGCAUUCAAACAGGUGAAUACAAGGUAGAGGACGGCUGGGAUGGCAUCAAAACUGGUUUUAAUAGACCCAACGGUAUGGAUUUCAAUCUACUUGAAGCAGAAACAGUACAGUCCACUUGCUGCUAGAACAACACUGAAAUUAAAUGUACAUAAUGACUCUUGCAGCAUAAGGUUUUAUAAUCAAUAAGUAUAAUUUUAUAUUUGAAAAUAGUUAAGGUGUGGUUUGGUGACUAAGCCUUUGGAAUAAAAUUAAUAUAUCCUUAAAAAAAAUUAAUUUGGUGAAGAAAAUUGAUAUUUUUGUUUUUAAAAUUGCAUAAAACACUUGAAAAUAGUUAAAUACUCACUAGUCUGACCAUAAUUAAUCCAUAGUAAUUUAUGAAAUAAUUUGUUAAGUGUUGAUAUAUGUUAAUAGUUUUCUAUUUCAUCUAAACAAUUAAACCUCUGGACAUCAAAUACGAUAUUCACACAUGGCACACAGAUAUAUUCUAUUUUGAUUAUAUCAUAUUAAUUUUGGCUACUUCAAAAUAGUCAAUUCAUAUAGAAUGUAAUGGCAACC